GGCCCCGGUAGGCAGCCAUGCGGUGGGCUGACCCCCCUGCUGGGGGCUCGGCUCUGUGGGCCUUCCUGGUGCUUCUCUCGGGGGCGGCGGCAGAGCAGCUGAACGCCACCACGCAGCGCAACGGCGGCGGCUCCCAGUGCGGGGAAUACACCAACCAGCUGAUGGAGGACGGCAUGUGUCGCCUGGUGGCCACGUUGCCGCAGCUGGACGAGCAACGCUGCCCCGAUAUGUUCCGAUGCACGGACGAGGUUUCCUAUUGGCUGCACGAGAACGAAGAGCGCAAGCAGCAAAUGGCGGCGCUGAAGGAGACCAUCUCACAGCUGCGCGAGGAGCUGCGUAACCACCGGCAUCGCAUCAAGGCCUUCGAGAUGCAGCAUGACGACGCGAGUCAUUUCAACGCCACUUUGGAGCGUCGUUUCCAUGAGAUGGAGGCGCACUACGCCGAGGCCACCAGCCUGCUGCAUCUACAGGGAACGCUCAUUCUUAACCUGCAGAACCAAGUUCACAACCUCAGCCGAUUAUUGGAGGUGGUGAAGAAGAAUCCCGGGUGUUUGAUCAACAUCGUCCGACCCAACUCUCUCAUGAGUACCCAGCAGGCAUUGCACCCGGGUUCGCUCCGUCUUUCUGAAAACUACAACCGUCUUCCAGCAGAGGGUGCCUCAUACUCACUGAGUUGCUAUAUCUGGCUUCCCGUAGAGAUUCAUCACAUGAGGAACUGUCCCAUCGACUGCGCCUCCAUCUACUACAACGGAGUGAGGAGGUCAGGCGUCUACACUGUGGUGCCGUCGCUCGCGGGCAUGCCGGUGGAGGUCUACUGCGAUAUGGACACUGACGGUGGCGGCUGGACGGUGAUCCAGAGGCGGGUGGACGGUUCUGUGAGCUUUGACCGCAGCUGGCGCGAAUACAGGGCCGGUUUCGGCGACCUCCACUCCGAAUUCUGGCUGGGCAACGACCACAUCCACGAACUGAGCGGCCAAGGGGACUACAGCCUGCGAAUAGACCUGGAGGACUGGAGCAACAGACACAAGCACGCGCUUUAUCAGCACUUCAGUGUAGAAGAUGAGGAGCACCGGUACCGUCUGCACGUGUCGGGCUUCAGCGGCAGCGCGGCGGACUCUUUCGGCUGGUACCACGACAAGCACGGCUUCAGCACGCCCGACAGCGGCGACAUCUGCGCCGAGAUCUCCCACGGCGGAUGGUGGUACAGCCAAUGCUUCUAUGCCAAUCUCAACGGGGUCUACUACAGGGGAGGCCACUACACGCCUAAGGCCAAAGGUCAGCUGGGCCCCGACGGGAUCGUGUGGCACUCGUGGAGAGACUCGGACUAUUACUCGCUACGCAAAGUCACCAUGAUGAUCCGGCCGCGCGGCUUUCGAAAACAUCGGUCUCCCUGACCAACUGUUACCAUGGCAACAACAAUACACAAGUACUUAAUCCCUGGACACUUUUCAUGACGACUGAUUGUUUGUUUUUUUUUUGUACUUUUUAGAUGUUUUUAUUUUUGUUAGUAUAUUGAGGGUCAGAGAAAAUCCAAAACAUUUUUGUUUGAAUUAUUGAUAACUAACAUGAUGAGUGCACAACAGAAAAAAAGUGUGUCAUGGAAAUUGUAUAUUAAAAAAAAAAAAAAAAUUCAAUCAAAUUACAGGUGCAGCUGAAUAAAUAAGAAAUGAGUAUUUUAAUACAAAAAGCCAAAGUCAUCUUAUAGAGAUGAUAGUUUAUCAUGUAAUCGUAAAUUUUUUGAGGUGGAUGCAUUUUUUGGUUUUCAUGAAUCGCAAGCUAUGAUAUGAAAAUGAAAUAAAAUUAUUAACUCAAGACAAAUCUGCUGAUGUCGCCGCUUCAGAGCGCAUCGUUGAUGGUUGUGAGUGCACGCACGUUAUGCUGAAAAAAGCAGAAGAGCAAGGAGGGGAUUUUGACAGCUAGCAUGUGGACGAGGGCUUCGGGCUGGCAUGGGCACUUUAGAGCGCCUCAUUGUCUCAUAAAAAAGCUCCACGACAUCUCUAUUGCUUGAACAGAAUAUAUUUUCAUGUCUCGGAUGUCAUGUCUUCAUCUAGCAUCUUAAGGAAGAUGCUAGAUGAAGUUUGUGAGUUUAAUCGGGCAAUUCAGCGGACAACCCCGGAGUUUGAGUGGAAAGAACGGCUUGAAUUCCACAAUUUUGAAGUCUCAUUUUAUCUACUUUUUUUUUUUUAACAAUCAUUCAAAAUCGGCAGGAUUGUUAACACACUUCUCUACGGUGUGCCAAACUUAUUUGCACUUUACAGCUGCUUUAAAUGACUUGCUUGUCUCCAGCUGCACCUGCUGACAGCGGGAGCCUCGUGCAGGGCUAAAAAGGCCUCUUUCACCGCCCCCGCCCCGCCCACUCGGACACGACUGCACAAACCCCCUUUUUGACCCUUGGCUCGCUCAUUCUCAUUCGUCACCGUAUCUCCAACGCAAGAAUCUGCUCAGCGCGGAUAAGGGCCUCACUGUGCACGGACGCCGAGAACAAGACGAGGAUUCUUCGCACAUUUAAAAAUAAAAAAACUAAAAACUCAAAACGAAGAGGAAAAUUAUUGUCUAGUCAAUCUAAUCUAUUUAUUUUUGUACUCCUUGACGCACAAAAUCAAAAGACAAAAAGGCACCUGAUGGAAUAGUGUAUAUUUAUUUGUAUGUACUGUACACUCACCAGCCACUUCAUUAGGCACACAUGUACAAAUAUGAGCCAACGCACCUUCACCUUCAAAGUCUGCCUUUACAAAGACGAUAGAGGUCAGUUUGCACUGACCGCAACAGACCCUUCAAUCUGUCAAACAGGCCUCACUUACAUUGUACACAUGCACCCAUGAUGCCGGUCAAACGUGCUUAUUAAAUAUGUAUUUAUACAUAUAUGAUAGAUGUGUAUCACAUAUCAAAAAAAAAAAAUUGAGAUUGAUUGCAUGCGAAAAGCAAAAACAAACUGCGUAUGUGCUCGACAGGUCCUACACCUUCAUAUAAAAACGUCAGACUUCGAUUAAAGGCGGUGGGGGAAUCCAUUCAUAGUCAUUAAAUGCGCAUUCGGGCUUGAAAUGUAAACGUCCAUCAAAUG